GGAGAAGAGUCGUCCCCUAUGUGCAACGCAUGACCGACUCAGAUCUGAACGAACGUAAUAUUACCGGUUAUGAAUAAUUAACAAGCGAAGAUCAAAGAUAUUGGUAACGACGUCUUCAACAAAAGCGCCCAUACCAAAUCCCACCAUGACGAUAGUGCAGCAGCUGCCAUUGAUGUUUCUGUUGUGUUGCCAGACAUGUGUCCUGUUGUUUCUUCUGUGGAGGAACAUCGCUCCUGGUGUGAAACAAUGGAAACGAGCAAUUAAGGAUGAACACACAUGUCACUGCAACGUGACAGGUUGCGGUGACGAAGCCGUCCAACACCAAGAAAUCAACUCGAAGGGCAAGCGCCGCACGCUGCCACAAUAUAUUGACCUCAGGAAUCUCCACGUUAUAUUAGGCGAAAAGUCAAUUUGUGGCGACGUCGCAUACGUACACGCGGUUUUUGUCGUUCACAGUGCCGUUGGCAAUUACCGAAACAGACAAGCAAUUCGACAAAUAUUUCGAAGGGAUCCUUAUUACAAGAAAUACACCAUACGUCUCCUUUUUCUCUUGGGACAACCACACGAAAUGAAACUACAAAAUAAAAUUUACCAAGAAUUCAGAGAAAAUGGCGACAUUGUCCAAGGUGUUUUUCUGGACACUUAUCACAAUUUGACGUACAAAGCGGUCAUGGGAAUGAAGUGGAUUAGCCAAAACUGCAGGAACGUCAAAUACAUCGUCAAAAUGGACGACGACGUUUACGUUGACCUUCACAACUUUUUCACACACCUCUACAACCCGUUCAGAUCUUCAGACCAUACUGUCAUAUGCAGAGCAAUGCUACGAGGUCAAGUAAAAGUCAACAGAAAAGGGAAGUGGGGUGUUGAAAAACAUCAUCUCCGGUACUACAAACAGUUUCCCUUUAGUUAUUGCAGUGGUUUUGCUGUCGUCAUGCCGGCUGCAAUGAUACCGGCCUUGUACAAGGCGACACUGACCGUGCCUUUCUUCUGGAUAGAUGACAUAUAUCUGUUCGGAAUGGCGCGCGGAUUCAUACGGAAGUCAGUGUUGCAUGACAUUACACGAAAGAAGUAUUUUGAGCAUGACAUCAAAAAGAAUUGGAAAUGUUUGAGACGAGCAGGAUGUGAGCUUGUUUUUGCAUGUAUGAGUUCAAAGUUGAUGCUCCACGUGUGGAAAGAGAGACAGAAGUAUCUGAACCAUAAACAAUAAUUAUGAGUGAGUGAAUUGGGUUUAACGCCGCUUUAAACAGUAUUUCAGGUAAAUCACAUAAAGCCCGGACGAUGCGGGUCCAAGACGUGAAACCCAUGAUCACAUUUACAGUGUUGGAACUAGGAACAUGAGCAGGGCGAACCUGGAUUCGAACCCAUGAUCAUAUGUGCUGUGUGCUAAUUAUCUGCCCCUGCUUUGGCAUAUACAUCAUUAAAUAUUAUAGGGGACCUGAUGUUAAAUUUUCUCAAUUAUUUCAAAAUGAAAAUAAAAGCGACCAA